AUGUCGUCCGCCAGUCCAAACGAGGGCCGUCAAUCACCGCCUCCGGAGCGCCAGAGCGGCCCCCAACUCAAGGAUGUGCCCGCCUCCGGCCAGGGAACGGACGAGGCGCCCAACAAGAAGGAGAAGUUGCAGAAUCAGCUCAAUAACUUAUCCUCAAAUCCCAAGGGCCCCCUCGAGGACGCAGUGAAAGAGAAAUUUACCAAGGGGGCGAAGCCGUCGUCCUGA